AUGCUCUGUAGAAUUUUUCAUCGUUAUACUUCAACAUCAGCGGUUAGUCGUUCGAAAAGUUUUACAUAUCCACAACGUAUUAAUCGUUCUCCAACAGCAAUACUUGAAUCAUUAAAUGCAUGUGUUCAAACCGAUGGUGGAAAUCCUACUUAUCUAUAUAUGGAUGAUCCAUUUUUAAUUCCCACAUCAGCACAUGAAAAACGACAAUUAGCAUUAUCAAAAGCUUCAGGUAAAAAAGCAGCUCGAUGGAUUAUGGAUCGUUAUUCUUAUGCAUUUUUUAAUGAUGUUGCUGUUCCAUCAAUCCCAUCAUAUUUUCCAAAUUAUAUAUUUGAUGAAAAAGAAUUUAUUGAACCAGAUGAAACAACUUUAUAUAAAUUAAUGAAUUGGAAUAAAAUUACUAAAGCCUAUGAAAUUUAUAAAAAAUGUUUAGAUUAUAAAAUUAAUAUUUCUGAUGCAUGCAAAUAUGCUUUAUUUGAUUUAUUAUGUAUUUAUAAUAGUGAUAAUCCUAUAGAAAUUUUACCACCCGAAGAAGAUUGGUAUAGAAGAGAAUUAAAUGAAACAAAUCAAUCAGGUUUAAUACAACGAAUUUGGAAAGAUAAUAGUUUAGCUGAACAAAUGUUUGAAGAAUUAAAAAUUCUAGCAACAUUUGAACAAAAAAUUCGUCUUUAUAAUUCAUUUGCUAGUGGUUUAUUUAAAUAUAAUCAUGCUGAAAAAGGUAUGAUAAUUAUUGAUGAAAUGAAACAAAAUAAUAUUUCAAUUAAUUUAAUAACAUAUAAUUAUAUACUUCGUUCAACAAGUUUAAUUAAAGAAACAUAUGAUACACGUUGGCAAUUUAUGUAUGAUUAUUUAAAUGAAAUGAAAGAAAAUUUUAUACAACCAAAUUUACGUACAUUUAAUUCAAUACUUUAUACGUUAAGACGAUGUUCAUUAUAUGAACGCGGUCCUAAUUUAGCAUUAUCAUUAUUAAAAGAAAUGCGACAAUGUAAUAUUGAACCAUCACUUGGUACAUGGGCACAUAUUAUUAUGAUUUUUUAUCCAAAUGAUCAAAUUGGUUAUGAUACAAAAAUUUUACCACAAAUUAUCGAUGAAUUAGAAAAACAAUAUGAAUUAAAUGGAAAUCAAUUUCAAUGGAGAGAUAUUGAUGAUAGAGAAUUUUUUUUUAAUGCUAUGUUUAAAGCUACUGUUAAUUGUCGAGAUGUUGAUUUAGUUAAACGUAUUCAUCGUUUUCUAAUGACUGGUUCCAAUAGUCGUUUUAUUCCUGAUGGAUUUAAAGAACAAAUGUAUUAUACAAAUAUGUUUCGUUUACUUUUUCGUUUUGAUAUACCUGAACAUGUUAUACCAUUAUGGGAAUCAGUUGUACCAAAUAUAUAUUCACCAUCAAUAAAUAUAAUUGAAGAUUUUAUUGAAUUUAUUUCAAUAUGGAAUAUAAAAGAUUAUUAUGUUCGUUUAUGGUCAGAUUUAUUAUUAUUAGGUUUUAUUGAUAAUAGACAAAAUAAUCGUCGAAUAAUUGAACGUUAUUUAACAUUACUUAUACGUCAUGAUCAAGAAAAUUUAUCAAAUGAAUUAAUAAAACAAUAUGCUAAUAUAGCACGACAAAUUUUAAAACGUUUUCCAUUAAUAUCUAAUGAAGAUGAACAACAAAUGCAAAAUACAAUUGAUGAACAACAACAAUCACAAGAAACUGAUGAACAACAACAACAACGAACAAAACAAUUAAAACAAUUUCAACCAAAAUUUCAAUAUAGUGGACAAUUAUUAUCAUAUCUUAUUUAUUUAUUAACACGUGUUGAUGAUUUUGAUACGAGUUGGUCAUUAUAUGAAUAUUAUUUAUUAAAUAAAAAUAUACUUAUUAAUCCAUUAAAUGAUAUAUGUCUUAUGUCAUUAUUAACAUUAUCAAUCAAACAUAAUCAUAUAGAUCAUGCAUUAAAUAUAGUUGAAAAAAUUAAUGAAUUUAAUUAUGAAUGUUUAAGUAAUGCACUUGAUUUAUUAAAUCGUCAUGGUAAUUUAGAUCAUAAAGAUAGACAACGUUUACGAACAAUACAAAAAAACUCUUCUUUAGAAAGUGCACAUCUUGUUAAACUUGUUUAG